CCUAGUUUUCUGAAUUAUACAUUAUUAUUUUAAUCUCAUUUAUUUAUGAUCUUAUCUCUUUCUUCUUGGAAUCUUCAGUCGGUUAUAUAUAUCUCAUAAAAUACUUUAAAUAUCAACUUCAACUACUUUAUAUAUCUUCAUAUAUACUAGCUAACAGUGGCACUCAUCAUCUUCUCUUUAUUACUGAAAUGGCUUUCCCCAAGUUUUUAAUCCCCACACUCCUCCUCCUGCAGGUUUCCCUAGCAACAGUUCAUGCUCGCUCAGUUGCAUUUUCUCAACUGUCAGACUUGGAGGUGCCUCAAUCUGGAAUAAUGAAUUAUGAAUAUGAGUACACACCAUCCUGUUGCGAUAAAUGUGUGUGCAAAAAUAAAUCAUCAUCAUCAUGUGUGUGUAAUGACGUGAAAAAGGGUUUUUGUCCAAAAAGUUGUUCGCUGUGUGCAUGCUCUCGGUCACAGCCCCCACACUGUAUAUGUACUAAUCAGAUCAAGAAUUGUCCUUCAAAAUGCACCAAUGCUCAUCAUGACUUUCAGACUCUUCUAGCCAUAAACAACAACUACUAGUACUACUAGCUACCUAAUACCUACCUACAGCUUACAUAUAUAUAUAUAUAUAAAUUAAUAUAAGUUAUUCACACUAGCUACUGAUACCUUUGGUUGAUCUAUAGAGUGGCACCUGAUCAACUAACCGUAUAUAUAUGUAAUAGUGAAGUAAUACUGUAAGGUUGUCAAUUUUUACAUUGACACUACUCUAAAUAAAUAUAUAUAUGUAUAAGCUGAUCAUGAAAUGUAUGUGUGGAUCAAAAUCUCUCAUCUCAUUCUUUCUUUGUCAUUAGCAGUUUUUCAUUUCCUAAUAUAAUUAAAUGACUUUAUAGAAGAUACGUACAAUUUACAAUAAUCCAUCGACUAGUACUUAAUUAUAAAUGAACCUGA